AAAGGAGGAGGACAAUGCGGUCAUUUGGAGAAACCCUAGGUGGCGUCGGCUGAUCUACCGAUAAAGAUUCGUCAUUUUCAAACCCUCGGAAGCUUUUCCUCCAGUUAGCUGCGGUGCGUGCGGUUCGGUCAUCGCUCUCCCGGCGACCUUCUAAGGUCAGCUUUUGAGUUGCAAUUAUGGCUGAUGGAUCACAGGGUCCAUCUAUAAUUCGGACAAUACAUGGGCAGUCUUACCUCAGAUCGAGGCUUUCUCCAAACGUGCGCCCAGGGAACUAUGUUGCAGAGAAUCUGACUGGCAGAUAUAUCUAUGGAAGGUCACGAAGUUAUUCGCAUCCAGCAUUUCAAGCCACUGGUCUGGAACUUGUGUCAUCCCUUUCUCCUGUUUUUGUUCAAGCUCCUUCCGAGAAAGGUGUAAAAGGUUUUCUAACUGACUUUCUCAUGGGAGGAGUCUCUGCUGCUGUAUCCAAGACAGCUGCUGCUCCAAUUGAACGUGUUAAAUUGUUGAUACAAAAUCAGGAUGAAAUGAUCAAGUCUGGAAGGCUAUCUGCACCAUAUAAGGGAAUUGCUGAUUGCUUUGCCAGAACUAUUAAGGAUGAAGGUGUACUUGCUCUCUGGAGAGGCAACACAGCCAACGUCAUCAGAUACUUCCCAACCCAGGCCUUGAACUUCGCAUUCAAGGAUUACUUUAAGAGUUUGUUCAACUUUAAGAAAGACCGUGAUGGAUACUGGAAAUGGUUUGCUGGUAACUUGGCUUCUGGUGGUGCUGCUGGUGCUUCAUCUCUUCUGUUUGUCUACUCACUAGAUUAUGCCCGAACACGUUUGGCUAAUGAUGCGAAGGCUGCUAAGAAGGGCGGUGAGAGGCAGUUUAAUGGUUUGAUUGAUGUUUACAAGAAGACCCUUAAAUCUGAUGGCAUUGCUGGCCUAUAUCGUGGGUUCAAUGUCUCGUGUGUUGGCAUCAUUGUGUAUAGAGGGCUGUACUUCGGAAUGUACGACUCUCUGAAGCCUGUGGUUCUUGUUGGAGGGUUGCAGGAUAAUUUCCUAGCUAGUUUCAUGCUCGGCUGGGCAAUCACAAUAGGUGCUGGACUUGCUUCCUACCCAAUUGAUACUGUACGUAGACGGAUGAUGAUGACCUCUGGAGAGGCUGUGAAGUACAAGAGUUCAUUGGAUGCGUUCCAGCAGAUUGUCAAGAACGAAGGUACCAAAUCACUCUUCAAGGGUGCCGGUGCGAACAUCCUCCGUGCCGUUGCAGGCGCUGGUGUGCUGGCUGGAUAUGAUAAGCUGCAGGUUGUGUUGCUCGGCAAAAAGUAUGGUUCUGGUGGCGGCGGCUGAUGGGAGCAUGGUAAGGGAGAUGAUGACGAUUAUGAAAGCAUUACGUAGGUCAUCCUUUGCAUCUUGAAAUAAUUUGGACAAGGAGAAAUGCUUUCAUCAAUUUCUUCCUUUCUUUUUUGUGCAUUGGAAUUUGGAAGACUAGAUGCUGCAUGUUCUUCCUUUUCGCCUUGUGAAUUGUGUUGUAAGAGUAAGAUUUUGCAUCCACUCGAACCUUUCCAGUGGGUGUAGCUCCUCAGAAUUGCUUGUCAGGCAGAAAUUCUGUUCUCCGUGGAAGAUAGUGUUCUGCUACAAUGUGUAAGCAAUUACAGUGUUGGCUCGAACUUCAGUUUUGUUCA